AUGAUCAGGAUCCAGAAGAUCGACAAAAGAGACAUGUUCUCUGCCAAAUUAACAUCGCUUUCCUUCCCGACGUCGAAACCAGAGUGGAUCUCUGAAUUCGCAUAUCAAGCUGAAGAAGAAUCAACGUUCGGCAUCCCGGCUGUAUUCCUUAUCAGGGGCGCUUUAUUCGUAUUGGUGCAUGCUGAGGGUACUGAUGAUCACCUGGUGCACAUCUCUGAUAACGAACAAGGUGGACACAGAAGAGAAGACUAUGUCUUGAUGCUCAGCUUGAACCUAAUGCUCAGAACUACGAGCAUCAGGAAUUCAGGGCAUGAGCAAUGUUGCUUCUUAGCUGAAUAUUCAGUUAGUUACACAUGCAUGCCCGAGCACUCUACUUGUAAAAUGACAAUCUGCCGUCAUAUUCUAUUUCCACAGCUAUACUCCAACACCCCUUCCGACUUUGAUUUCAAGCUUGAAAGUCUAGCGCAAGAAUUCAGCUCCUUAUCUGACUUCGCGGACCAUCUCUCUGCCAAUUUUGACAUCGUCUUCCCGGUGAUACAUGGGAAAUUCGGUGAAGAUGGUGGUAUCCAGGAGCUUUUGGAGAAGAAAAAUAUCCCAUUUGUUGGAACGCCCUCUAACGAAUGUCGCCGUGCUUUCGACAAGCAUAAUGCAUCUCUCGAGCUUGAAGCCCAAGGUUUCUUAACAGUACCAAACUUUCUUGUAGAGGUAAGCUUCUUGUUACUACCUCUGGGCCGUGGGAUACGAUGA